CAGCACCCAUGUGCCUCCUCCUGUCUCCACCAGCUGCUGCUUCUCAAUGAUUAGAGCCCUCUGUUCCCAAACACUCCCUUCUUCUUCAAACCCCCAAAUUCAGCAAAAACUAUCUUCAAAUCCUUCAAAUCCUUCAAAUCCGCCAUUGCCACACCUUCAAUUUCUUCAGCCAUGUCUGGUUCUGAUGGCGUCUCCCACAACAAUGGCGCCAUAAUUCCCCACUCUCAACAGAGCACCCAGACCACCACCAACAAUGGCGCUCUGCCUCUCAAGAAACCCCCUGCUAAGGACCGCCACAGCAAGGUCGAUGGCCGUGGCCGUCGUAUUCGUAUGCCCAUCAUUUGUGCUGCUCGUGUCUUUCAACUCACCCGCGAGUUGGGCCACAAAUCCGACGGUCAGACCAUUGAGUGGCUCCUCCGUCAAGCAGAGCCUUCCAUUAUUGCCGCCACUGGCACCGGCACUACUCCGGCUAGCUUCUCCACCAUCUGCGCUUCCCUCCGUGGCACUCCUGCCGCUCUUUCCUCUUCAGCUUCUCUCGACCAUAAACCCCUUUUGCCUCCUGCCCCUUUCAUUCUCGGUAAGCGCGUUAGACCUGACGACGAUGCAGGGCAUAAAGACAACGACGGAAACGGCGGCGGCGGUGGCGGUAAUGGUGGUGGGGGUGCUAUUUCUGUCGGCCCUUCUGUUGGUUCUAUUAUGGGUUCAGCUGCUGCGGGUGGAUACUGGGCGUUUCCAGCUAGGCCGGAUUUCGGACAGGUAUGGAGUUUCGCCGCUGCUGCAGCUCCGGAGAUGGUGAUUCAACCGACGGCGAUUUCUCAUCAGGCGUCGUUAUUCGCUCAGCAGCAAUCAAUUGGAGAAGCCUCGGCGGCGAAAGUGGGAAAUUACCUUCCAGGUCAUCUGAAUUUGCUUGCUUCUUUAUCAGGUGGACAGGGAAGUUCCGGGCGGAGAGACAACGACCACCGUUGAUUUAAUAAUCCCGCCGUCGUUCACGGCGGCACUGUAACAAUUCUCUCUCGUGGGUGUUCGUGUUCAUAGAAUUAUAUAAACUACCCUUACCCUCUUCCUUGAAUUUCUCUAUCGUUUUCAUUUCCCCUUCUGGUGUGGAGCUUAGAAUUUUAGGGUUUUAGGGUAUUGAAUUCUUAGCUUAAAAUGAGUUCAUCUCUAGGGUUUUCUUCUUUCUUAAGAUUGAUUAGGGUUUUUCAGCUUAGAAUCUUGAGGUUUUUCAUUGCCAGAGGAACAAAAAAAAAAA